GGCCACGUCACCGCCCGGCGGCCGGGAGCGCGCGGAACCGGUAGGCGCUGAGCGGGCCACGGGCGCUUCGAGGCGAGGCGGUAGCCGGGAACGUGGCAGCCACCCCGCGCCAGAAAGUUUGCUGAAAGUUCGCUGCUGGGCGUGCGCAGGACCGGCGGGCAGGGCCAUGAACGUGUUCCGAAUCCUCGGCGACCUGAGCCACCUCCUGGCCAUGAUCUUGCUCCUGGGGAAGAUCUGGACGUCCAAGAGCUGCAAGGGCAUCUCGGGGAAGAGCCAGAUCCUUUUCGCCCUUGUCUUCACCACCAGGUACCUGGACCUCUUCAGCAACUUCAUUUCCGUCUACAACACAGUAAUGAAGGUGGUUUUUCUCCUCUGUGCCUACGUCACAGUGUACAUGAUCUAUGGGAAAUUCCGUAAAACGUUUGACAUUGAGAAUGACACAUUCCGCCUGGAGUUUCUUCUAGUCCCGGUCAUCGGCCUUUCCUUCCUGGAGAACUAUAGUUUCACGCCGCUGGAGAUCCUCUGGACCUUCUCCAUAUACCUAGAGUCAGUGGCUAUCCUGCCCCAGCUCUUCAUGAUCAGCAAGACCGGAGAGGCCGAGACCAUCACCACACACUACCUGUUCUUCUUGGGGCUGUAUCGGGCGCUCUACCUGGCUAACUGGAUCAGGCGCUACCAGACCGAGAACUUCUAUGACCAGAUUGCAGUGGUGUCUGGGGUAGUGCAAACCAUCUUCUACUGUGACUUCUUCUACUUGUAUGUGACCAAAGUCCUUAAAGGAAAGAAGUUAAGUCUUCCAAUGCCAAUUUGAGGGCCUUCAAAGAACACCUAUACCCUAAAAAGGACACUAAAGGAACCAUGGGUGAACUUACCCAUGAGAACAUGGUAAAGCUAGAAAAAUGCUUGGUAUGAACCUCAGCAAGUAACUGGUUGUUCUACCCAGACCUUAUUGGUAGGACCUCUUAAACCCUCAACAGGGGUGAUGAAAAAUGGGGGCAAACUACACGUUGGGGCCUCAACAUCAACUGGAAGGAGAAACCUGCGAGGUGCUUCACUUAUGAAUGGAACAAUAAACCAUUGGUCCUUCAAAGCCCCAGUACAAGACUCAUGCCAAGCAAUAGAACCACCUGGAAAGACAUGUCAGUAAGAAUGCCCCAACUGCAGAUCAGCUGAACACCGGGGGCCAGUUUAUGCUAAUUUCCAUUUUCCAGGUAGACCAAAUUGAGGUAAUCAAGAUACAGUGGUGGAUGGGGGCUGGAGAUUUAGCUCAGCGGCAUAAGCACCUGCCAUGCAAGCAGGCAGUUGUGAGUUCAAUCCCCGGUACCGAUAAAAAUGAGGACCAAAAAAAAAAAAAAAAUACAAUGGUGGUAGCCUGGAAAAAUGAAACGUUAUUUUACUUCCACACUGCUUUCAAGCUGUAAGUGAAGGAAAUUUACUAGCUUUGGCCAAACAUGACGCCAUUUGUGCCUCACCUUUCAAACUGGAUUGCCUCUUUAUCAUGGUUCCUGUGAGCCUGCUCCUCAGUGCUCUCAUCCCAGAAGCCAGCUUGGGUGGCCCCACUGCUGCUACCACCACUUUUCUGAUGUGCUGACCUGUCAAGUCUCCUACCCUGUUAAAACCAACCCUCCCCCACUUUCUGUUUUAGGUGCUAAUAAGGUGAUCUCUCCAUCUAAUAUCCAACUGUUGUCUUGAAGCAAGUUUUGAGCAAUAAAAAAUUCACACCUUA